AUGAACGCAACCAGGAUCCUCUUAAGCAGCCAAAAAGUAUUAAAAAGAAAUGUAGAGUUUAAGGAAAUAUUCACCCCGAGGUGGUUCCUAGAAUCGCCCAACUACAGCCGUAUGCCCCUUUGGAGAAGAUUUUUUGAAGGGCAAUACACAAAUGGCUCCUUUUUAUUUUUUGGUAAUGCUUGGACAUCCAUGUUUGCUUUCGCCUUCAUGUUAUGGUUCUCAAGAAUAUUCGACCCUCCCCCCUUAGAGAGAGUUGACAAGUAUUGGCUAAACUCACCCAAGUUCAGAAUUUUAUCUGCUUUUUACAAUGAAGGAAAAAGGCCAGGGGUGAAAAUAUCUUUGAUGACAUACGAAGCGAGGUACUUCUACAGGGGCAUAGAUCACCCCUUUACCAUUAACGAGAUAAAAGAUUUAUGGUUUAAAUUGAGGGAAAAUUAUAUAAUUGAAAGCAUUCCAGCCAUUCAAUACCCGCACGUUUUUAGGCAGUACAAUAAUGUGUCUACUCCUGCAGAUUUGCAU